CUAAAAUUGGGAAAUAAGUUUAUUCCACCAACGUGGACUUAUUCUCUGUACUAGCUGACUAAUUUGACGACAACCACCCUUUGUUAUAUAAAUAUGGAAAUAAUUGUAGUCAUUUUGUAAUUCAUUUCCAAGAUAGACUACAUAAAAUACAUCAAACAACUACUCUCGCUAUGGUUUCCUUAAAUAAAUUGGUCAAUGGAGGCUUGAUCUUAGCAGGUCAAUCUGUUUACUCGGAUGUUGCAUCCCCUGAACAAGCUGCCAUUGAACAGUACAAUAUCCUCAAGUUCUUGGGAGGAUCAGCUCCAUACAUCCAACACCCCGGAUUUGGUAUCUCUACUGAGAUUCCUUCCCAAUGUACUCUUGAACAAGUACAAUUAUUUUCUAGACACGGUGAACGUUAUCCUUCUACUGGAUCAGGAAAGUCAUAUGAGGCUGUUUUUAAAAAGCUCAAGGCAUACAAUGGUACCUUUAAGGGAGAGCUUGCAUUUUUGAAUGAUGAUUACACUUACUUUGUGAAGGAUACAUAUUGGUAUGAAAAGGAAACCACACCAGGUAAUUCCGAGGGAUAUUUUAGUGGAACUUCAGACGCAUUGAAACAUGGCGCAGCAUUUAGAGCCAAGUACAAUGCCUUGUACAAUUCAAGUGAAGUAUUACCCGUAUUUUCAUCGAACUCUGGUAGAUGUUAUCAAACCUCAAACUAUUUUGCAAGAGGGUUCUUGGGAGAUCAAUACUCUGAUUCCACUGUUAAAUUUUCAAUUAUUUCUGAAUCACCAGAUAGUGGUGCCAACUCCUUAACUCCAAGAUAUGCUUGUAAUGCGUAUAAUAGUAGCGCAAAUGCUACUCUUGUCAAUAAAUAUGACAAAAGUUAUUUGAAAGAUAUCUUAAAGAGACUUCAAAGUUCCAACCCUGGCUUGAACCUUACUACUGGUGAUAUUGAAAAUUUAUUUGGAUACUUGGCCUAUGAAAUUAAUGUUAGAGGUUAUUCUCCAUUUGCGGACAUUUUCACAAAUGAAGAAUAUAUUAGAUACUCAUAUGGGAAUGAUAUUUCCAACUUUUACUCAAAUGGACCAGGUAAUAAUCUUACCAAGGUUAUUGGAUCAACUUUGUUAAAUGCAUCAGUUACUUUGUUGAAGAAUUCCGAUGCUAAAAAUAAGAUUUGGUUAUCAUUCUCUCAUGAUACUGAUUGGGAAAUUUUACAUGCUGCCUUAGGAUUGACCAGUCCAGAACAUCCAUUACCUGUUGAUUAUGUACAAUUCCCUGACACUUAUGUUCAUUCUCAAAUUGUCCCACAAGGUGCUAGACUUUAUACUGAAAAGUACAAGUGUGGUAAUAGUUCAUACGUCAGAUAUAUUCUUAACGAUGCUGUGUAUCCAAUUAAGAACUGUUCUAGUGGACCAGGAUUUUCCUGUGAAUUCUCAGAUUUCGAGAAAUACAUUGACGAAAGAUUAAAUGGUGUUAACUUUGUUGAUCAAUGUAAAGUCUUCAAUAAUGUAUCUCAUGAUGUGUCAUUCUACUGGGACUACGAGAAUACUGAGUACAACGCUACUUUGAUUAACAGUUAAAAAUACCCCUUAAACCAAACCUUUUAUAAUUCUUCAUCGUUUAAAGCAAGCUUAACCUUCU